AUGGCGAGAAAGGCGACAGCAAGGCAGGCGUCGGCCCCUGGUGCCAGCUCUGAAGACAAGGCGACGGGCUUCACGCCUGAGAGGUUUGAAAAGGAGCUUCAAGACUUGGCUGACAAGGCUCGGAGCGACACAUUUAGCAAUCGAUUUCUGGGCCAAUUAAACAUUUACAUUCGCAUCGUCCUACUUCUAGCCUUCCUUGCGCUCUACUCCCAUGUCUCUCAGCUCAACCUCUCACCGGUGUAUGGAUCCAUUCCCUCGUCAAUAUGGCACACAAAGCUCGUGAUGGGAGGGUGCUUCCUGGGGUGGGCUGGCAACACGUUCCUGCGAGAUUCAUUGCCAAUCACCCCAGCCAAAGCCCUUCCCAUGGUUGCCGUCUGCAUUCCCGGUUUGCAGCAUUUUCUAGCUGCCUACAGCCAGACAUUCGGCGCGCAAUGGGGUCCCGUGGUCACGGAGAGCCUCACGCUACUACCGUUGGCACUAUUCACAUCUGCUUCGGUGGCCGAUUACUGGGAGGGGGCACGAUUGGGCAUGUUGCCAAAUUUUGUGGCUGAUGCCGGGCCUGGCAUUGGGUCUUGGGCCCUGUUCAAGUUCUUUGAAGGCCAGGUUGGCGUGUAUCUGCCCCGGAUCAUGGGCAGACUCCUCGUAUUUACUAGACUGGGCUUUGAGAUUAUCCUGUCGGUUGCUUACAUGGCCUUCUCGCCUUCAAAGUACCUCAUUUACGCGGCAUUCCCAUUCCUCCACACCAUUUUCCUGAACACCCAUCUGCAGUCUCGGGCCGCCACUCAGAGUCUAAUGAGCUCUCUGAUGACUGAUAACUGGUUGUUCAUUGAGAGGCGUGAGUCGGUGACUGGUUAUAUCUCAGUCGUACAGAGCAUAGAGGAGGGCUUUCGCGUUAUGCGUUGUGAUCAUAGUCUACUGGGAGGGGAGUGGAUCAGCCAUAGGGGGGGACCGGUAUCAGAGCCGGUUUAUGGCGUCUUCGCCAUGCUAGAAGCUGUUAGGUUGGUCGAGUCGGCAGCGCCCGUGGAUGACAAGGAUGCCAAAGCAUUGGUGAUCGGACUUGGUGUUGGCACGACGCCUUCUGCGCUUGUUUCCCAUGGAAUCAACACUACCGUCGUAGAGAUGGAUCCAGUUGUUUACGAAUUUGCAUCCAAGUACUUUGAUUUGAAAGAAAACAAUCCACCCGUACUGCAGGAUGCUGUCAGCUACACCGGUGAGCUUGCCACAACAGCACCCUUGACCUACGACUACAUCGUUCACGAUGUCUUUACCGGCGGGGCCGAGCCCAUUGAUCUCUUCACCCUUGAAUUCUUCCAGGGCCUACACUCGCUGUUAAAGCCCGAAGGCACUGUUGCCAUCAACUACGCGGGUGAUUUGACCCUCCCACCACCCAAAGUCAUCUACCGCACUAUCAAGCAAGUCUUCCCAACUUGUCGCAUCUUCCGCGAAAUGCCACCAGAUGCAGAGUCCCUCAAAACCAAGGGCAUGGAUUUCACCAACAUGGUCAUUUUCUGCAAGAAGUCAGACAGUAGCCCACUUAGCUUCCGACGUCCCACAACCAAGGACUUCUUGCAGAGCCCAGCUAGACGGGAGUUUUUGGGUUUGCCCAACGAGAUUCCUGAAACGGCUAUGCUGAUAGGAGGCGAUGAGGGCAUCUUGAGAAAGAAUGAGACGGCAAAGUUGGCCAAGUGGCAUGAGACGAGUGCUUUGGGACACUGGUCGCUAAUGAGGACUUCUAUUCCGGCGCUGGUAUGGGAGAAGUGGUGA